AUGUGCUGGAUAGCUCAGCUGAGUGUCUUACUGGCAACUGCCACAGGUCCGCAAUCUUCCAUCCGGAGGCAGCUGCGAGAGAACAACACCAAGGCCAUCAAAGGAAGCGUCAACUGCAAAGAUGAAGCUAAAGCAUCAGCCAUAGAACUGCAGGCCGACCGCACUGUUGCCAACUCCUCACCAGCACCUCCUCCGGGUCAGCCUGCACCACCUCCGGGCCAGCCAGCACCACCUCCGGGCCAGCCAGCACCUCCUCUGGGUCAGCCAGCACCACCUCCGGGCCAGCCAGCACCUCCGCCAAGUAAGCCAGCACUUCCACUGGCUCAGCAAGCACCUCCUCCAGGUCAGCCAGCACUUCCUCUGGGUCAGCCAGCACUUCCUAUGGGCAAGCCAGCACCUCCUCCGGGUCAGCCAGCACUUCCUCUGGCUCAGCAAGCACCUCCUCCAGGUCAGCCAGCACCUCCUCCUGGUCAGCCAGCACUUCCUAUGGGCAAGCCAGCAUCUCCUCCGGGUCAGCCAGCACUUCCUAUGGGCAAGCCAGCACCUCCUCCGGGUCAGCCAGCACUUCCUAUGGGCAAGCCAGCACCUCCUCCGGGUCAGCCAGCACUUCCUAUGGGCAAGCCAGCACCUCCUCCAGGUCAGCCAGCACUUCCUAUGGGCAAGCCAGCACCUCCUCCAGAUGUCAGCUAUUCUGCUCAGCGCUGCCCCUGCCAUUUCCGGUGGUAUUGCUCCUACAUCUGUGUCAAGUGA